AUGCAUAAUAACCUUACGUUUUUAUUUGCAUUUGUCCUCGUGCUUUUGUUGGGCAUGUGCAGUGCAUUAAAUGUCAAGUUCAAAAUCACGACAGCUGUCAGCUCGUUGAACAUGCCACGAGCAGUACAUGUGUUGGCCAAUGGAGACAUGUUCAUUGCAGAACACAACAAUGAAAACAACUAUUACAAAAAUAGGAUAUUAACUGUUUUUAAUGGAACUUUGAGCGUUUUUAUGGCUCCUCUUGGCAAUCAACCUUUUAUUGCUGUUGAUGAAGCACAAGAGAAAGUCUACCUAUCUGAAUAUUUUAGUAUGAAAAUAAGAGCACUCAACUAUGGAAAAACAACUAUUACAACUCUACCUAAUGUCAUGUACUUUGGAAAGAUGCUUUCCAUCGAUAAAUUUCACAAUUGGUUGCUUUUCAUGGAUGUUGGUAACAAUUGCGUGGGUUACUAUAGUUUGGCAAAUUAUAAUUCAUUUAACUGGUUCACUAAUUGUGGUUUAUCACCUACCGAUGGUGGAAUAGUUGCAUCACCACUAACAGGUGACAUUUACUAUAUUUAUUAUGGGAAAAUUAUGAGAUUAGUUCUUCCUGAAACAUACACCAUAUUCAGUGCUAGCACUCCAGAUUGGAAUCCUUAUCCAGAGUAUCCACCAUUCAAUGAUGCAAAUUUCACAGCCACUCCAUGGAAUAAUCCAAUGGGAUUAUAUUACACAGCACAUGAUGAAUUGUUUGUUGCUGAUCCUGGAUUGAAGCAGGUUAAAAAGAUUCAAAAUAGACAAGUGGAAAUCAUUGCUGGAAGUACAAAUUCCUCGAGUGGAUGUCCAGACAAUUCUGAUCCAGUGAAUUGUUACUUGGAUUCUCCUUUUAAUGUUUUUGUGAGGGAGAAUAAGAAUGAGAUUUAUAUUGCUGAUGAUGUUGCUGGAUUGAUUAAGAAGGUUUAUCCAUAUUGUGAUGGUGUUGGUUAUGUGUUGAGUGGUGAUGGAAGAACAUGUCUUCCUGAAUGUUAUGGGAAAUCAUCUGAAAGCAAAUAUCCUUUUUUAGCAUGUCAUGGAAAUGGAACAUGUGUUGAUGUGAAUACAUGCAUGUGUAAUGAAAAUUAUUAUGGACCUGAGUGUACAGUAACAACAUGUUUUGGAAAGUUUUCAAACUCAUCUACUGCAUGUAAUGGUAAUGGAAUUUGUGAACGUUACAAUUAUUGUAAAUGUAAUUCUAAUUAUGGAGGUGAAAAUUGUGAAAUUCCAAAAUGUAAUGGUACUUUAGCAAAUGAUGAAACAGUUUGUUCAGGAAAUGGCUCUUGUAUUGCACUUAAUACCUGUCAAUGCUUCAACACGUCAAGAUAUGUUGGUGAGAAAUGUGAAAUUCCACAAAUCAAACAAGCAGUGUUUGUUCAGGAAGAGGUGAUUGUGUAUCUCAUGAUACAUGUGUCUGUAGAGAUCAAUCUCAAUGGAAUGGAUUGA